AUGAAUGAGGAGUUCUCUGCUUUUGCGGGGAAUAAGAUUGGCAAGUUUGUAGAAGUGUACCAGGACGCUGAUCGUAACUGUAUCAGGAGAUUGCUUCGUAUUAAGUAUGAAAGACUGACCGAAUGGUCCUAUAAUUGUGGUAUUAUUGGACAUGUGGAGACGAGUUGUCCGACAGCAACCCCUGGGAGUUCAUCUAAUCCACCAGAAUAUGGAAGUUGGUUGAAAGCAAAAGGUUAUUGGAACCCUUUUGUCUCAAAAAGUCCAGCGAAUGAGCCCGAUCUGUUUCAUGUUCCAGAUAUAUCUGAUGAGGAAGUAGCGCCAUGGACGAAACGUCAAGCUCAUCGUAUAUCAGUCAUCCCUAAUCGAACUUCUCACCAAGGUACCAAUGCUUCUAGACCAACCCAAAACCACAAUAUCCCAGUCGACCCUUCCCCUUCAAAUGGUGCUCCCCUCACUAUCGAUCAGCCUCCUCUUCUAGCCCCCACUAGCUCUCGAUAUGUUAACCCUCAAAAUCAGAAAGGCAAAAAGGAAGUUCUUUCAUCUGCUGACCCCUAUGUGAACAUUAUUCCAGUUUCCCCAGUUUCAAAUAAUAAUCUCCCAAACCCGAACCCUACACAGCUAUGUUUUCCUUCUCCCCUAGAACCUUAUCACCCCUUAUCUUCCCCACGCAUUCUUGAUCCCGUAUCUAUUCUCCCCACUAAUAAUGCCAACCGGAAUCCCCAGUCAGAUUCCCAGCCAAAAGAUAAUCCAACUAAUGAUCCAAACCUCCUCAGUCCAUUCCUAGUUUUUGUCCCCAUGACUUUAGAUACCUCGGCCCGAAAAGCUGCACGUCGCUUCACCACAAUGCGGUGGAAAGCUCUCCAAACUGUUUCUGCUCAGGCAGCAACUUCAAAUCGUGCGAAACGCAAGUUGGCACUGGAUGAUUUGGCAGGUUUUGACUUGCAACCAAUUGAUGUUGAAGUGCUUGGAAAAAAGGCUCGUUUUGAUAGUAGUCCCUCUUCUCCUUCUUUCUUAGAGAAUCUCUCUAUGGAUGGUGGUGUGGCGGAGUCUGGGUUUCAUCCCGGACCCACCCAACUCAACGAGUAUUCUCAAGGUUCCUCAGGAGGCCUUGCCAAGUUUUGGAGGAAAGAUUUGAUCGUGAAUUUGCGUUCUUUCUCAGACCGAUUCAUUGACACUAAUGUUGUUUUGCUGGGACCAAGCAUUUGCAUCACUGGUAUUUAUGGGGAGCCGGACGUUUCGCUCCAUAGAGAUGCUUGGAACUAUCUUUCCUCCCUGUAUGAUCCGUUAGAGCAACCUUGGCUUAUGUUUGGAGACUUCAAUGAAGUUCUCUCGCAGGAUGAAUUCGCUGGUUGUCGUCCAAGAGCGAAUUGGCGAAUUUCAGCUUUUCGAAACGCUUUGGAGCAUCAACAUUUGAUUGAUAUGGGCUUUGAAGGAUACAAAUAUACUAGCGUCUCAAAAUCAGUACCCCCGUACUCAGAGAGCUAG